AUGUAUAACUGCGAGGAGGAUCGUUCCACUACCAACAGCUUUGCACGUCUGACUGGCUUUUCAAACAGCCACUCCCACGUGUCUAGGGAGUCGGUGGCGUUAGAGGUUGGGAAGACUCUGCUUCCGUACUAUCGCGUGCAUCCAGGUCGCAAUCGAUUUGGGUGCAGGGGCCACUGUGUGAUGAGUAGACAAUUAGGUCUGUUCUACCUCACACUCUUCCUCUUGUUUGGGUUGAGUGGUCUGUUCUUUGCCUUCGACGCACGGUACCUCACGACUAGUCUAAGCCCUGCAGUGCCUGCUGUUGGAGGUGUGCUCUUCCUCUUCGUCUUGUUUGUCCUCCUUCGCACGAGUUUCUCUGACCCCGGAAUCCUGCCUCGUGCCACACCGGUGGAGGUGCGGUGGAUGGAGGAGGAGAUACUCGGCUCGUUGGACGACCAAUGCCUCCGCUCCACAAUCCCCAGUCGGGAGAUCAGGAUACAGGACUUUCCCUACAAUCAGGUCUACUGCCACACUUGCCGCAUCUAUCGGCCGCCAAGAACGUCGCAUUGCUCAAUCUGUGAUAAUUGUAUAGGCAAGGCGAUGGGAGACUUAGUAGCUAAUUUAUCAGGAAGCACGAAAACACUUGAAGGCUUCUCUGCUGUCUCCACUAUGGACGCGAUGUAUGGCAUGGACCCGCAAAACACCUUUGGAGAACGAUUCGAUCAUCAUUGUCCGUGGGUAGGGAACUGCGUUGGCGCACGCAAUUAUCGCUACUUUGUCAUCUUCCUUCUUGCGGUUUCUCUGCUGUGUUUUUACGUCCUCUCCUUCUCAGUUGUCAAUGUCGUCAUUAGCAUCCUAUCCACCAUCUUCCUCUCCCUUUCCAUAUGCGGUCUGGCCUUCUACCACGUCUACCUUAGCUGUCGCGAGAUUUCCACCCACGAAGAUGUGAGACACUUUCCAAAGACACUGCGUCAAAUGGGGCGAGACAAUCCCUUCUCCAAGGGCAACGGUUUUGUCAAUAUGCUUGGUGUGUUGUGUGGUCCUGCUCCACCGAGUACUCUGAAGGCGUGGAAGUUGGUGGAUCCAGAGGCUGUGAGGCUUCCAAAUUCUUCCAUGCUGUCAGCUUCGUCGCCACGUGCAUCUUCAGGUGAAGACGUUCCGAUGAAUUACAAGCAAUCGGUUGCUGCUCGACCCCUUCGCGUAGACUCUCAAGCUCAAAACAGGGAGGUGGAUUGGAGGAGUACAGUGGGUGGUUAUCCUCGACAAGCUGAAAGCGCUUCUGUCACUGGCACUAAGUCUGCGGCGUCUCAAAACAUCGAAUCACCAUUACGGGGGUCAGCGUCAUCGAUGAAGUCGCCAAAGAAACUGAGGAAGGUGACCUUGGCAGGCGAGGUAGAUGAACACGGUGAUCGAAUGCCGAGCAUGGGUUUUGUUGGACGCUCCGUCGUCUCCGUGACGAAAUUGCCGCACAGUGCCUCAUCCUCACACACAGUGUGCAUUGACCGACCCGAUGGCUGA